UCAUCAACAAACAAAACUAUAUUCAAUGCAUUUCAAUGCAUUCCAACACAAAAAGCAACGUUCAACGAAUUUGGAUUUAAUGCAUUCCAACCACAACAAGCAUUAACCAGUGUAUCUGAAUUUAACACACUCCAACCAUGCCAACAAUCAAAGGGAAUAGAAACAGCAGCAGUGAGAACCAAAGGCAAAGAACCUGAACUUUAUUAUGUCAACCUUUCCAACCAUCACAAGCAGCAACCAACGAAUGGAUUCAAUGUUUUCCAAGCACAACAAACAGCAACCAUCGAAUCCGAAUUUAAU